AUGAAGGUGAUGACAUUCGGUGCUGCUUGCUCACCAUGUGCAGCUCAGUUCAUCAAAACACUCAAUGCUAAGGAGCACACCGAUCACGCCGAACGAGCAGUCGAGUCAAUUCUUAAACAUCACUACGUGGACAACUUUGUCGAUAGCUUCGGUAAUAAGAUGGAGGCUAUUGAAGUGGCACAACAAGUAAGAGAAAUUCAUCAACGCGCUGGCUUCGAGUUGAGAAACUUGGCAUCGAAUUCAGAGGAGGUGGUCGCUGCUUUAUGCGGUGUCGAUGCCACUGUUCCAAUAUUAUCCGUUCUCGGUACUCGGCUGAUGCAAACGUUACAAGAAGAGCACUCAGUUAAGGCAUCUAACUGCAUCUUGUGGUCAGACUCUAAAACAGUCGUGAAGUGGAUGAGAAUCGAGCACAGACGUUACAAGCCAUUCGUAGCUCAUCGUGUAGCUGAGAUCCUGGCUGCAACCACGCCAUCGAAUUGGAGAUGGGUUCCCACAAAAGAAAAUUCAGCUGAUGAGGCAACUCGACCAAACGGUCCCCACGAAUACACAGCCGCAUUACGUGGGCUAUGCGGUCCUAAAUCCCUUCUAAGGGAUGAAGCGUUGUGGUCACAAGAAGAAGUCAUCAGUGAUCAACAUUUGAAGGAAGACGAGGAGUUGAAUCCGAGAUAUUCCUUGGUGAUCAUGAGUAUUGAUAUUAAUCGUUUUUCGUCAUUUAAUAGACUUAGGCGAACCGUUGCGUGGGCACUACGGUUCGGUUUAACUUCCCUUAAACUUGACUCCGCUAAGAAGCUUCUGCUUCGUCAUACACAGCAAGAAGCGUUUCAACUUGAGCUUCAGAAUAUUGCGAAGGGAAUUCCCAUAUCACGUACCAGCGAUCUGUAUCAAUUGUCGCUCUAUACAGAUAAAGAUGGAGUCUUGCGAGUGCAAGGUCGCAUAGAUGCUGCGAGUUCGUUGCCAUUCGAAACCCGACAUCCGAUCAUACUGCCGUCCAGGCAUGCGCUUACAAAGUUAUUAGUGGCCUAUCAUCAUAAUUCCUUCAAACAUGAGAAUACCGAAGCUACCAUAUGCGAAAUUCGACAUUCAUACUGGAUCCCGAGCUUAUGUCAACUUCUGCGAAAUAUUAUAGCAAAUAGUUUUGUUUGCCGCAUACAAAAAGCAACACCAGCCGCUCCGCUUGAUCGUCUCGAUCCAUUUGUACGACCCUUUACUUACUCCGGCUUGGACUACUUCGGACCCGUUGCGGUUACGAUUGGACGUCGCCAUGAGAAGAGAUGGGUUGCCCUCUUUACCUGUCUGACGGUAAGAGCGGUGCACCUUGAGUUGGCACACGACUUAAGUACGGACUCGUGUAUCAUUGCGAUUCGCAAUUUCAUCAACCGUCGCGGGGUGCCGGCAAAGAUAAGAUCCGACAACGGAAAAAAUUUCGUUGGAGCUAAUGAAGAGGCUAAGAGGUUCGCCGAAGUUUUCGACUGCGAGCAAAUACAGGUUUUGGUGUAG